AUGCUGACUCAUUUACUAACGGCCAACCUUUCACAGACCAGGAUCUCAAUAACAUAUGGCUCUAACACGAAAAAGGACAACAGUGAUAAGAUAUCCAAGCACAAGGCUGAGAGCUUUGUAAGCUUCAAAGUGUUUGAUCCCACCUCCGGGGUAUUAUACAAGCUUAAGACGCAUAAGGUUAAAGAUCUGUCUAGAGUGCUGACUGCGCUUGGGCCUCAUGGUGUUGUGAUAACACAUGGAGACAAGAAUGGUAAGAACAGUAAGAAAAGUAAGAAACAGGUAGACAAUUCAGGUGAUGUUGAGACGAGCCAUGAGACCAAAUCAUCAAAGCUCAGAGGGUUUUCAAGUGUACUUGCCAAUGCAGAGAUUGAAGAGGAACCCGUUGAGCCUGUAAAGGAAACACCAAAGGAACAAGCAACUACAAAGACCGCUCCAGCCAAGAAGGGCAAGAAGAAGAAAGGUAAACGUUAG